AUGACCCGCGGCAACCAGCGAGAAAAGGCCCGCGAGAAAGCCCUCGCUAAAGAAGGCAAUAAGAAGAACAAGAACACCCAGUCAGGCACUGAAUUCGCUCGCACCAAAGAGGCACAGGCCGCCAUCAUGCGAGAAAAACAAGCUCAAGGUAGAGGAAAAACUUCCUUCUGA